UUGGAUUGUCGUUUAGCAGUUGUUAGUGAUUUUGUAAAGUUUAAGAAAAUGCCUUAUUAUGCCGUGGCAAGAGGACGAACGGUUGGUAUUUACAACAGCUGGGCUGAAUGUGAAGCUCAAGUGAAAGGAUUUUCUGGCGCCAGGUACAAAAAGUUUGAUUCUCCACAAACCGCCCAGAAUUUCAUCAGUCACGAAGGCGGGACAGAUAGCAACCGUGAAAACAAUUACUACAACAAAUCACCGCAGUUCCCUUCACAACUAAAACAAUCUAAUAGUAACCUAAAAAGGAAUUAUUCUACUGCAUCAUUAUCAAAACAAAACAAAACUCGAAAUAACCGUAGUUAUUCAAGUAAUUCAAAACGCUCUAGGUACGAUACAAGUGACAGUGAAGAAAGCGACUCGGAUGAAGUACAGCUUGUAACUAAUAUUGUAACAAAACAACUAGAUGAUAUAGAGAAAAGGUUGAAUAGCUUUAACAAGGCUGUGAAUAAGAUUGUGGUAAAGGGUCCAAAGUCGUCUUCAAGUUCGGAGCCGCGUAAAACAAUAUUAAUAGAGCCCCCUCAGCCCAAGAGCCACAGAUCUAGUAAUAAUACUUUUAUUAAGGAUAGUGAUGGAUUUGUGGAAGUAUACACAGAUGGAGCAUGUUCUUCAAACGGUCGUCAAGGCGCCAGAGCUGGCCUUGGCGUAUAUUGGGGUGAUGGUCACUCUUUAAAUGUUUGUGAGCCAGUCUCUGGUAGACCUACAAACAACUGUGGAGAGAUACAGGCAGCUACACAAGCUAUAAAACAGGCCCUAGACAAUGGUGUUACAAAAUUGGCCAUCAAUACUGACUCGCAGUUUCUCAUCAAUUCUGUGACCAAAUGGAUGCCGGGUUGGAAACGAAAGGGAUGGAAACUUGCAUCAGGAGAGCCAGUGAAGAACGAAAAAGAUUUCAAAGAGCUAGAUAGCUUGCAGCAUAAGCUCCAAAUAAAAUGGAACUAUGUGGAGGCCCAUAGAGGCAUACACGGCAAUGAAAUGGCUGACCAGUUGGCUAAGGCAGGGGCAGCUAUGUAUAAGAAGAUGUCAAUCAAUUCUUUUGAUGAACUUCAUAAUGGCACACGUGAUAAAUUAAUAAAGCAAAAUACCUGCAUGAGAUUAUCUUUGGAUAUGGAAGAAAAACUAAUCAUAACCUUGAGAUUCCUGGCAACUGGCAAAAAUUUUGAAGAGUUACACUUUGAAUAUUUAAUGGGGAGCAGGACCGUAUCAGCCGUAGUUAAAGAAACCUGUACAGCAAUAUGGGAAGUUUUUCAACCUUUGGAAAUGAAGCCACCAUCUUCAAAAGAACGUUGGCUAGAAAUUGCUGAAAAUUAUUAUAGAAGAACUAAUUUUCCUAAUUGCGUAGGUUCAGUGGAUGGGAAACAUAUUCGUUUGAUUUCUCCUCUACAUAGUGGAUCUGCCUUUUAUAACUAUAAACAUUUCUACUCUGUUGUACUAUUAGCAGUAGUCGAUUCUGACUACCGUUUUAUAGCUGUAGAUGUUGGUGCUUAUGGCAGAGACAGCGAUAGUAAUAUUUUCAACAACUGAAAUUUUGGAAAAAAGCUAACUCAAAAUCGCCUUAAUAUGCCUGAAGCAAAACCUCUGCCGAAUACCAAUGACACACCUCUACCUUUUGUGUUUCUUGGCGAUGAAGCUUUUCCACUCAAUAACAAUUUUAUGAAACCAUAUCCGAGAAGUAAUCUCAAUACUCAACGCAGAAUCUUCAACUACCGCCUCAGCAGAUCACGACGUGUAGUGGAAUGUGCCUUCGGCAUUCUCUCAAAUAAAUGGAGAAUUUUUCACACUAGCAUGACGAUUCCACCAGACUUUGCAGUAUUAGUAACAAAGGCAGCGUGUGGUUACAUAAUUUUGUUCGCAGACGAGACGGCUAUCGAUUUGAAGAUACUCUGACACAUUACUUUGAAGAUAUACCUUUUCGUAUUCCACAACACAGAUCUACCAACCGAGGUCGAA